GUACUCUUGUCUAUACAUGCGUUUUUAUUGUCAACCUUCUUUAUCUAUUCGUUUAUCCUCCUUUUGAUAUGUCCCUUUUUAUUUUUACUAUUAUAAUAAAUCAAGUUUUAUUUCAAAUCUAAGUGUUCGUCAUUGAAAUCCAUGCUUGGAGAUUUAAUCUAAGUGUCUUUGGUUGCUGUAUUGUCUUUGCUCUUGUUCAUUCGUUUUUCAUUGCAGCACAGAAAUAUAGUGAUUUUUCUUUCUUUAACGAUCGAGCUUUCUUCAUUUUGGUAUCAAGAAGAUGGUUUUCUUGCUUCUCUUAGUUGUCUCUCUUCUUUACUUUUAAUCUUUGAUUCUUCCAGAUGAGAUCUGUGGUCUGUUGUUUUUACAAAGUCUUGUUGGGUUUAUCAUUUCUGUGUGAUAAUGACACUAAUUUCACGGUGAGAUUUGAAACUUUGGUCUCAAAUACUUAGAUGCAGUGUGUAAGAUGUUCUACCAAUUCCUGGUUUAUAUUAGUCUCAGUCUUGGCUCUACAUGGUUCUUAAAUUAUGCAGAAUUUCUUGGUAGGUCCUGUCUUAGAGGUUAAAAAUCUUGUAAGCUGUCUUUGGUCUUGUCUUAGAGGAUCUAUGCUUUAUUUUUCAACUUUGUUUCCUAUAAGGAUCUGUCCUCUGUCCUUUUUUCAACAUCUUGUUGGAUUUGUCAUAUUUGGCUGUGAUCAUAUCAAAAAUAAAGGUAGGGAUGGAGUUUAGUAUCUAGCUUUUGAUACCAAAGUGAUUUCUCUAACGUUAAACUAACAUCAAAACAAGUAGGGGAUGAGUUGGAACUUGGACGGACACAAUUUUGUAUAGCAACAAGACAAUUAUGGUAUCAGAUUCUUAUUCUUGUGAUAAAGGAAUCACCUUUGCCUUGCCUUGUUCCUUGUUAAUCUUAUCCUCUUCCUUACCGAAUCUUUUUCUCAACAUGAAACCUAAGUUGCCAUGGAAUAAAGUCGCAAGGUUUCUUUCUUCAACGCCAAGACUCUCUCUCUCUCUCUCUCUCUCUCUCUGUUUUCCCCCAAAGGAAUCAUCUUUUUGCAGUAUAUAAAUUGUGGGAUCUGGUCUGAAGAGUUUCCCUGAAUCCCUCUCCCAAGAAAAACUUGGUAAUCUCAAAUCAAACAUGUCAAACGUGAGCUUUCUUGAGCUGCAAUACAAGCUCUCUAAGAACAAGAUGUUGAGGAAGCCUUCAAGGAUGUUCUCCAGGGACAGACAAUCAUCAGGCUUGUCUUCACCCGGACCAGGAGGCUUUUUUCAGCCUUCUGUUAAUGAGAUGAGACGCGUUUUCAAGAGGUUUGAUACGGACAGUGAUGGAAAAAUAUCUCAGACUGAGUACAAGGUAGUGCUGAGAGCGCAAGGACAAGAGAGGGUUAUCGAGGACGUGCCCAAGAUCUUUAAAGCCGUGGAUCUGGAUGGUGAUGGGUUUAUUGAUUUCAGAGAGUUUACUGAUGCAUACAAGAGAAGCGGAGGGAUUAGGUCUUCCGAUAUACGCAAUGCUUUCUGGACUUUUGAUUUAAACGGGGACGGGAAGAUAAGCGCAGAGGAAGUAAUGUCAGUUCUAAGGAAGCUUGGGGAGAGAUGUAGCUUAGAGGACUGCAAGAGGAUGGUGAGAGCUGUUGAUGCAGAUGGAGAUGGAUUGGUUAAUAUGGAAGAGUUCAUGAGGAUGAUGUCUUUCAACAUCGUCUGAAUAGACCUCUUUCGUUCUCUCUGUUAUUGUAAUUAAAUAUCAUUCUUCAUUCAAUCCAAUUUAAAAAACAUGAAAUCUUGUAACUUUGAAUCGACAUAAUCUCCAAUGUUCUUCCA